AUGGCGCAGUGCUUCGUCUGCGCCGGCGAUUCAAGCACCGAGCCGCUCCUCACCGAUCUCUGCGACUGCCGGGACCUCCACCUGCACGCAUCGUGCCAGCGGCGCCUCAUCGCUCAAGCGCCUGCCCACGCCCACGCCUCGGACCUGCCACUGCUCACCCUUUGUCCCUUCGUCUGCCUCUUCUACGGCAUCGGCGCCGCCUUUGGCUGCGACUUCUGCGCCCUCUUCCUGCCGCUCUCCUCGCUUGCCUACUGCUGUCUCUGGAUCCACGCCUUUGGCCCGGCAUGGCGAAAGGUGGCCAUCGUUGGGGGCGACGUUGGAGGCAACGCGGGUUCGGUCUGCGAGGGGAGGGAGGGCCAGCGUGGCUCGAGGCAUGGCGCUCAGGCGAUCGCUUAA